CCCUAUCCCUUAAUACACAAAACCAUGUAAAUCUAACUUUUUUAUUUUUAUAACCGAUGUUCUCAUAUUUCUUAAAAUUUUCCUUUAAUUUUCCUGUAUUUUAAUGUAAUUUUAGUAUAACAUCGGAUGUUCUUUUGUGUAUUUGUUUGUUGAGUAUUUUAAGAUAUAAAUGGCCACUUGGUUUAACAGUCUUGUGGAUAAUUUAUCCGCAAAGAAACCUACUUCUGAACAACCUAAAUCGUCUCAGAAUCAGUCAGGAUGCCACAUUUAUGCCAUAGUUGUCAUGAGACAUUUCGCAUCUAAAGAAGCUUGUAGACUCUCAGCAGAAUAUGACUUCUCACCCCUACCAAUGUACAUUUCCAAAAUCUCUAGAGAAGUUACAGAUUUAGUUUCAAGAACGUGUGCCCAGGAGGCAUUCCCUGAUCAAUCCAAAGGUGUUGUUAUGGAGAAUAAUAUGGGAACUUUUUACGUAAAGGCUACCAAUGCUCCGCCACCAAACCAACUUGUUUUCAUUGUCGCAGUUAAUAAUGAAUGUACAAAAUACCAAGCUUUACAGUUUUUACACGAAGCUAUUCAGAUUUAUAAGCCUUCUGGAAACGUUGUUAGAGAUAAUGUUGGAGACGCUUUAAGGCAUCCCGAAUUAAGAUCACUCAUGCUAAAAUAUAAAGGGAAACGGGACGUACUUCUCGACGCUCAAAAUAAGCUUGACGAGACUAAAAUGAUUGUGAUGGAUACCAUUGAUGGUCUAAUUAACCGUCAAGGAAAUUUAGACGAACUUAUCGCAAAAAGCCACGAUAUGACCCAGAGCACAGCAAAACUCAUGAGGGAUGCCAGAAGGAGGAACAGUUGUUGUCGUAUGAUGUGA